AUGAAUUUCGAAGAAUUAAUGGUAAUUUUAAAUGAUAAUAGUGCCUUUAUAGCUAAAAUAGUAGAUUGGGCUAUGCUACUACCUAAGGACGAAUGGCGAAGCAUAUAUUGCAAAGGACACUCAGUUUUAAGGACGAGAAGAAAGAAGUACUGUGACAGCUUCCUCCUCUGUUGUAGACCCUUCAAAAAAGAGUGGUCUAUCUUUAAAAAUACAUUUUUUUCUUAUGAAAAGAAGGGUAAAAGAUGGAUUGCAAUACCAAUUCAAAAGAUAAUAAAGCUAUCUCUUGUUAUUUUAAAACCAACUAUAUCUUGA